GCUCUCUGUGCUCCAAGUUACAAAAAGGCUUUUACGAGGUAUCAGCACUUUUCUUUCAUUAGAGGGAAGGAGGGAGGAAAAGACAAAACGGCAGCAGACUUUUAAACUUUAAAUAGACAGGUCUGAGUGCCUGAACUGGCUUUUCCAUUUUAUUUCAGCCUCCAAAGAGUUCAGUCAUUUGCUUGGGCUGCAUCACUCCUUUUAAGCAAAAGAACAGCAUCCAGAUAACAUGGGGGAUUGGAGUGCCUUAGGCAAACUCCUCGACAAAGUUCAAGCCUAUUCUACUGCUGGAGGGAAGGUGUGGCUCUCUGUUCUCUUCAUUUUUCGAAUCUUGCUAUUAGGAACUGCAGUUGAGUCAGCCUGGGGUGAUGAACAGUCCGCUUUUCGAUGCAAUACUCAGCAACCAGGUUGUGAAAAUGUAUGUUAUGACAAGUCCUUUCCAAUCUCUCAUGUGCGUUUUUGGGUCCUGCAAAUUAUUUUUGUGUCUGUGCCAACUCUCUUGUAUCUGGCUCAUGUGUUCUAUGUGAUGCGUAAAGAAGAAAAACUGAACAAGAAAGAGGAAGAGCUAAAAGUGGCUCAAACUGAUGGUGCCAAUGUGGACAUGCACUUGAAACAAAUUGAAAUAAAGAAAUUCAAAUAUGGAAUUGAAGAACAUGGCAAAGUGAAAAUGCGUGGAGGGUUGCUCCGUACCUACAUUAUCAGCAUCCUUUUUAAGUCUGUCUUUGAGGUGGCCUUCCUGCUGAUUCAGUGGUACAUCUAUGGUUUUAGCUUGAAUGCAGUCUAUACUUGCAAGAGGGAUCCCUGCCCUCAUCAAGUGGAUUGCUUCCUCUCCCGUCCCACAGAGAAAACCAUCUUCAUUAUCUUCAUGUUGGUUGUGUCUUUGGUAUCCCUUGCCUUAAAUAUCAUCGAGCUGUUCUAUGUGUUCUUUAAGGGUGUCAAAGAUCGCGUGAAGGGAAAAAGUGAUCCUUACCAUGCUACAACUGGCCCACUAAGUCCCAACAAAGAGUGUGGAUCUCCCAAGUAUGCCUAUUUCAAUGGUUGUUCUUCCCCAACUGCUCCCUUGUCACCCAUGUCUCCUCCAGGGUACAAGCUUGUUACUGGAGAUCGCAAUAAUUCUUCUUGCCGUAACUACAAUAAGCAAGCCAGCGAGCAAAACUGGGCCAACUAUAGUGCCGAGCAGAAUAGAAUGGGACAGGCUGGAAGCACCAUCUCCAAUUCGCAUGCCCAGCCUUUUGAUUUUCCAGAUGAUAACCAGAAUUCCAAAAAACUAGCAGCGGGCCAUGAGCUACAACCACUUGCCAUUGUGGACCAAAGGCCUUCCAGUAGAGCCAGCAGCAGGGCCAGCAGCCGACCUCGGCCUGAUGACCUGGAGAUCUAACUCUCUAUAACAACAGUAUUGGAUCAGUAGUGAAAAAUGGUGCAUUGGGAUGCUCAUCCUAGGUGUUAAUUUUGUUCCCGUGGAGGUGGUACUUAACAGCCUCAGGCAGGAGGCUUGACAAACACAAAGACUUUAAAAUACUUGGGUUCUUUUUGGGAAAAUGGGAGGGAGGAUGAGAGAGGCACACGGUAUUUAAAGUAGUUGAUUCAGAGAAUUUAAACACUAAAAAAAAAAAAAUGGGAAAAGAUUAGUCAGUGCAUAGGUAGGGUGUUUUGUGUUUUUUUUUUUCUCCCUAGAAAAGUUUUAUAUAUGUGAGUGUGUUUGUAAAGUGUUGGUUGCAAAAUGAUUUUCUGUUUAACUAAGAAAUCACUUUUGUCAGGAUAAAAUGCUGCCUGAAAACGAUGUUAUUUCUUUUGAACAAGUUAAAGACGCAGGAUUGUCCUUUAUUGUUUCCCUGUUCAGAACAUUCCAUUGUUAAAAUUUGCACUUUGAAGGUAAGCUUCUUAGGUCUGAUAUUCUAGGUUUCAAUGAAUUUGAACCAGAUAACGUAUAUCCUUUGAAUCAACUAAAAUUUCAGACAAGGCCCACCAAAAAGAUCAUUUUCCAUAUAUACUUGCAGAUCAUUCAGCCAGGUAAAAGUUUUUCCAUGUUGGACAUACAUUGGAUUUUUUUUAUAUCCAUUUUUCUUAUCACUACCAUCACAUAUAAAUCCUCACUUUUCACAUCCUUCUGUUCCUAUAGACAAUCUUAAAACAGUUUGGCUACCACUUGCAAAUUUACGAGCUGGAGUGAGAGAGUCAAACCAUGUUUAAUUUUGGGAAAAUCACGUGUGUCUCCGUGUGUGUGUACAUGUAUGUAUGUGUGUGUGUUAGAGUGCAUUUUGAUAUCCUGUAUAUUGAUCGGUACAGGCAUAUACAGUGUGAAAUCACAAGCACAGGCAGAAAAAUAAUGCACACACAGCAUGCUCUGAAUUGAACUUUUCUCAUGGAUUUUGUGGUGUGGGCCAAUAUGGUGUUUACAUUAUAUAAUUCCUGCUGUGCAAGAAAAGCACACUUUAGUCUUUUUUUAAAUUCUAAAACACAUUUUUUUCCAUGUAUCCUAUUAUGGAUACUUGUUUUGUUAAUUAUUUUUUUUUUAACGUAGCAGUGACACUAUUGAGGGCAUGAAUGAUUUUCUUUUCCUGAAAUGUAAUCAUUGAUGCUUGAACAAUAGAACCUUUAGUACUGUAAACAAGCUUUAGUCAUUAAUGUGAGAAUCUUAGAAGAAAUGCUUAGAGCUGGACUAUUAUGUGUGCCUACAUGAUUUUUGCAGUAACUGGUCUUUUUUGGUUUUGCCUUACUCCAUGCAUACAACUGAACAGGAUUAGCUGUCAUUGUGCAUUCUUUUCUGAGGUUGACAGAUCAGUCUCUGGGGGAUUUCAGAAAUUUUGACUUUGCACUUACAUUUUGUUUGGAAUUCAACAGGGGCCGGAAGAAAUUUUGAAAAGUAAACAAGAAACUAAUUUAUUUGAAAUAUAUGCCAGAGAAAUCAACCAGUUUCUUCAAAUGCAUUGCUUUUUUCUUUUUUAGUUUAUCACAGUCAAACAGGGGAAAUACUUAGCAUAGUUUUCAUUUUGUUGCACAACAUACAUAAAACAGUUUUGUACAAUCCAACAGACUAAUCUGUUUGACAUUCCAUGUUAAACUACUGUCAUGGUCAGCUUCAUUGCAUGUAUGUAGAUCUAGUCCAUCAGAUUCUAUUUCCAGGAGUGUUCUUUAGUCAAUAAAGUUUUAAUUUAGUAUAAAA